AAUUUUUGACAGAUGCCUUGCCAUCAAUACUCGGGCGAAGGGAAGGCAAAUUGAAAUAAAUGUAGGUCUUUGGGCCACACCACCUGUAAAAAAGUUGUAAAGCAGCGUCAAAAUAAAGUGAAGUAUCAGUUCUGUUUAUUAUAAGCACGUUAUACUGCAACGAUGCAUUGAGUAACGCUUCAGAAAAAAGGUUUUACUAACAUUGGUCGCGAUCGAAACUGUCAUGUGGUCGACACUUAUGUAACAUUUUUGUCUGUGAAUUAUAAUUAAUCAUUCACUGAUAGCGUUUGUUUAUCUACUCCAGAAGGAUAAUUCGAAGUCUCCACUAAACACUUACAAUGUUAAGACGCUGCUCGAAGCACUUACAGACGUUAUACCGGAGGCAGGGGCAGGGCCUCCGUUUCCGUUCUACUGAGGUGCCCAAAGUCCUCGGUACCCUACCUCGAGCCAGGCUCGCUCAGCCCAAGGUCCUGACUGCCCACAACCAAAUAGCCUCAAUUCACUUCACUAGUCCUCUUUUUGAAGAACAGGAUGUCAAUACUCCAGGCUUCCCUGAUUCCGUCUCCGAAGGAGAUGUGAAGCUCGACAAGAAAGUCGGCGACGCUGUAGCAGCCGACGAAGUGGUCCUCGAAAUUGAGACAGACAAAACAGCAAUCCCAGUCAUGGCGCCCGGACACGGUAUCAUUAAGGAGUUAUACGUAAAAGAUGGUGAUACAGUGAAAGCUGGACAGAAGUUAUUCAGGAUAGAAAUUACAGGAGAAGCGCCGAAGAAGGCGGCGGCAGCUGCUCCCGAGCCGCCUAAGGCCGAGGCUCCUCCUCCGCCGCCGCCGCCGCCUCAACCGUCCGCGGCAGCACCCCCACCACCUCCGCCACAGGCAGCUGCCCCACCACCACCUCCUCCCCCUAAACCCUCAACGCCUCCCCCAGCGGCGCCGGCCUCAUCCAUCCCCGUCGCCGCGAUCCGACACGCGCAAUCCAUAGAGACGGCCACUGUUAAGGUACCGCCAUCGGAUUACAGCAAAGAAAUAGCUGGUACCCGAACGGAGCAGCGCGUCAAAAUGAACCGCAUGCGCCAGCGCAUCGCACAGCGUUUGAAGGACGCGCAAAACACGAAUGCGAUGUUGACAACCUUCAACGAAAUCGACAUGUCAAACAUUAUGGCGUUCCGGAAGAAGUACCUCGACUCGUUCACCAAGAAGCACAGCGUGAAACUAGGUCUCAUGUCGCCAUUCGUUAAGGCGGCCGCCAAUGCUCUUCUCGACCAGCCAGUGGUGAAUGCUGUUAUAGAGGAGAACGAGAUCAUAUACCGCGACUACGUCGAUAUUUCUGUGGCAGUCGCGACCCCAAAAGGUUUAGUGGUGCCGGUCAUUAGGAAUGUGCAGAAUAUGACAUACGCUGACAUCGAGUUGACGGUUGCUGGCUUGGCAGAGAAAGCCAAGGCCGGCAAGUUAACUGUAGAGGAGAUGGACGGAGGUACCUUUACAAUUAGCAAUGGUGGAGUCUUCGGUUCUUUGAUGGGCACGCCCAUUAUCAAUCCGCCACAGUCCGCCAUCUUGGGUAUGCAUGGCAUAUUCGAGCGGCCCAUUGCUCUAAACGGCCAGGUGGUUAUCCGACCAAUGAUGUACAUUGCGUUGACAUACGACCACAGGCUGAUCGAUGGCCGCGAAGCCGUCUUGUUCCUUAGAAAAAUCAAGGAGGGAGUAGAAGAUCCGGCCACCAUCAUUGCUGGGCUGUAAUUAGAUAAAAAUAUACGGCGCUUCCGGCGCGCAUCUACAGUAUAUAGAACAAGUUACCACGUAAAACAAUUCCAUUUUUAAGUGACAAUGAUUUUUAUGAUUAAAGUAAUUUCCACGGUGCUGAUUUGAUGAUCUUACAACCCCACCCAUACAGGCUGUAUGGUCGAGUGGCUUUUGCCUAUCUGCAAGCAGUGUGUUAAAAAAAAACCAACAAUUUGUUACAUUCGAUAUUCAAAACGUGUAAUGGCGGCCGAAAGUGCCGUAUCUUCCGGUGCCGGUUCCGAAAGAACAAUCGAAUCAUUGUAAAUUAUUUCACUCUUUACUUUUAAUAGCGAACUAGAUAUUAUCUGAUCUAUUUUUUUUUUUUAUUUAUUGAAACGUUUGUUUUGUUAUUGCGUAUUAUUUUUCGUUUGUAAGUGUUAAUUAAAAAUAUAUGAAUAUAUGAAACGAGCACGCCUCCCCAUUCACUUGCAACUUGUUUCAUUUUAAUUUUAUUUUUUUUCUCUCUCUCGCAAUAUUCACACAUUCGUUACAUAGAUAACUUGACGUUAAUUUAUGAUUCGCUUCGAAUAGUUUAUAAAAUAAAUAUUAAAUUAAAGUACA